AUGAAGAGUAGUAGUAACUAUUACUGUAUGCAGCAGCAGGUAUCAGCAUAUGAUCCUAUAAUUAGAAGUUUCACUACUUCCAAACCAAACCCACAAAACAACAACUUGUUUUUGGUUGGUUUUGGCCGCACUACUACAACUACUACUGCUAGGAGGCAAAAAUUGCGGCAUAACGAUAAUAAUAACAGUAGAAAGAUGAUGAAUAAGCAGUUAGUAGUUAUAAGCCGUGGUGUUAACAACAACUCUCAAGGAGGCUACACUAGUAGUAGUACUCCUCCUCCUCCUGAUGAAGAAGAAGAAGAAGAAUGUAGUAUGUUAUUGAUGGGUGGUGUUCCUUACAAACAAAUUAUAGCUGAUCAUGAUCACCACCAAGAAGAGGAGGAAUUAGCUGCAGGUGUAGUGGAUGAUAAUGGAGGAGUGAUAUACUAUAACAUAGUGUUGGUUACUUCUGAAGCAUCACCAUACUCAAAGACAGGAGAUGUUUGUGGUUCCUUGCCCAUUGCACUUGCAGCACGUGGACACCGUGUCAUGGUUGUCUCACCUAGAUAUACUUUGCUUUCAUCUGCUGAUGAUGAUUCUAAUAAGUUUGCAGCCACCACCACCCAUCUUGAUUGCCCAACUAAGGUUUACUGCUCUGGCGGGGUCCACGAGAUUGAUUUCUUUCAUGAGUACAGGGAAGGUGUUGAUUGGGUGUUUGUGGACCACCCUUGCUAUCAUCGCCCUGGAAAUCCAUACGGUGAUCAUAGUGGUGCAUUUGGCGAUAACCAGUUUCGGUUCACCUUACUAUGUCACGCCGCUUGUGAAGCUCCUUUAGUGCUCCCUUUGGGAGGGUUUACAUAUGGAGAUAAAUGCUUGUUCCUUGCUAACGAUUGGCAAGCAGGCCUUGUGCCAGUACUUUUGGCAGCAAAGUAUCGUCCACAUGGAGUCUAUAAGGAUGCUCGGAGUAUUGUUGUGAUUCAUAAUAUUACCCACCAAGGAGUUGAGCCUGCAACAACUUACUGUAAUUUGGGAUUACCUAUGGAUUGGUAUGGAGCUUUGGAAUGGAUAUUUCCUACUUGGGCCAGGACACAUGCUCUUGACACUGGUCAGGCAGUUAAUAUUUUAAAAGGCGCACUUGUAACUGCUGAUCGUAUAUUGACUGUUAGCCAGGGUUAUUCAUGGGAAAUAACAACCCCAGAAGGUGGAUAUGGUCUAAAUGAGCUACUGACUAGCCGAAAGUUUGUAGUGAAUGGGAUUACAAAUGGCAUCGAUGUUACCGAAUGGGAUCCGUCAUCUGAUAAGCACAUCGCUUCUCAUUACACUCUCAAUGACCCUUCAGGAAAGAUGGAGUGCAAGAUUGCUCUGCAAAAGGAAUUAGGUCUUCCAAUUCGACCAGAAUGCCCACUGGUAGGAUUUAUUGGGAGAUUGGACUACCAAAAAGGUAUCGAUAUCAUACUCUCUGCCACUCCAGCUCUGCUGCAAGAUGAUGUUCAAUUUGUGAUGCUUGGAUCUGGGGAAAAACAGUAUGAAGAGUGGAUGAGAGCGACGGAAGCUGCUUUUAAAGAUAAAUUUCGAGGAUGGGUCGGAUUUGAUGUUCCCAUUUCUCACCAAAUAACCGCUGGCUGUGAUAUCCUAUUAAUGCCUUCAAGAUAUGAACCAUGCGGACUAAACCAACUAUAUGCAAUGAGAUAUGGAACUGUACCAGUUGUCCAUGGAACUGGAGGACUUAGAGACACAGUGAAGACUUUCAAUCCAUUUGCUGAAGAAGGCAAAGGCGAAGGUACCGGAUGGGUGUUCUCACCUUUAACAAGGGAAUGCAUGCUGGAUGCGCUGCGGGUAGCAAUAAGGACAUACAUGGAUCACAAGAUCUCUUGGCAUGGGUUGAUGAGAAGAGGAAUGGAGAGAGAUUGUUCAUGGGAUAGCGCGGCAGUCCAGUAUGAACAAGUAUUCCAGUGGGCGUUUAUGGACCCCCCUUAUGCAAACAGCUGAUUCUUCUUUCUACCUGAAGCAAGGUCGGCUACAUGCUUCUUACAAUGUCAAAGUCCCACAUUAUGUAUGGUACAUGGAACUCGUUGGAUACAGAAGUAGAAAUUGAUUUCAGUUAUUUUAUGCACCCAUUAUCAGGCCUAAUGAUAUUUAUUUAUUCUUAGACCAUCAAAUUAAUCUUUGGAAGUUUGGAUACAUUUAGUCAGUUAUAUUAA